AAGGCCCCAAAGAGCUUUCUUACUCACAAAAGAAGCGCCAACGAAUUUGCAUCCAAUUCUCUUCCCCAUUAGCAACUCCUCACGCCACUCAUUCAUAACUCCACGCUCUCUCUCUCUCUCUCUCUCGGGAACCCUCCCUCCUCCUAAUUCCCAGAUUCAAGAUCAAAUUUCUGGAUCAAGCCAGGGUAAGAAUCAUGGAUUGGCUUCAGACUUCAGCGCGUCUCAUGAUUGUUUCAGAUCUUGAUCAUACGAUGGUUGACCAUCAUGACUCUGAGAACCUUUCUCUACUCAGAUUUAAUGCGUUAUGGGAAUCCAAUUAUCGUCAUGAUUCUCUGCUAGUCUUCUCAACUGGAAGAUCACCUACUCUAUACAAAGAGUUGAGGAAAGAAAAACCCAUGUUAACUCCAGAUAUAACCAUAAUGUCUGUUGGAACUGAGAUAACAUAUGGCAACUCAAUGGUGCCUGAUGAAGGUUGGGUUGAAGUCUUAAAUCAGAAAUGGGAUGCAAAAAUAGUCAAAGAGGAAUCAAGCAAAUUCCAUGAACUAGAACUUCAGCCAGAUACAGAGCAACGACCGCACAAGGUUAGCUUUAAAGUUGAUAAAGAUAAGGCUCAUGUUGUCACAAAGUCCCUUUUGGAGCGUUUUGAAAAGCAUGGACUGGAUGUUAAAAUUAUCUAUAGUGGAGGAAUGGAUUUGGAUAUAUUACCACAGGGUGCUGGCAAAGGACAAGCUCUUGCAUAUUUGCUUAAAAAAUUUAAGACAGAGGGAAAACUACCCAAUAGCACGCUUGUUUGUGGUGAUUCUGGAAAUGAUGCUGAAUUAUUCAGUAUACCAGAUGUUUAUGGUGUCAUGGUUAGCAAUGCUCAAGAAGAACUUCUGCAGUGGCAUGCUGAAAAUGCUAAGAAUAACCCUAAGAUUAUUCAUGCAACAGAGAGGUGUGCAGCUGGGAUCAUACAAGCCAUCGGCCAUUUUAGUCUGGGCCCGAACACAUCUCCUAGAGACGUCAUGGACUUUUUGCACUUCAAGCUGGAAAAUGUGAAUCCUGGACAUGAAGUUGUAAAAUUCUACUUGUUCUAUGAGAGAUGGAGGCGUGCAGAAGUUAAGAAUUCUGAGCCGUAUCUGGCAAGUCUUAAAGCAGCUUGUGAUCCAUCUGGGGUUUUUGUCCAUCCGUCUGGCAUUGAGCAAUCUCUUUGUGAAAUCGUAGACUCACUGAGAUCGUAUUAUGGAGAUGAACGGGGAAAACGGUUCCAGGUUUGGGUUGAUCAAGUGUUACCCGUACAGAUCAGUCCAGACACAUGGCUUGUGAAGUUCAAGAAGUGGGAGUCUUCUGGCGGGGAGCUAAAAUGUUGCACGUCCACUGCUAUACUAAGUUCAAAGGAUGCCACCACCGUGUCAGAUGGUCUCACUUGGGUGCAUCUGCAUCAGACAUGGUUCGAAGAAUCGGCAUCUAAGGAUCAUUCAAUUUGGCCCGUCUAGAGUGCAGCAGCUACAGAUUGAGUUCAGUCCAGAAUGACAUGGAAGCUUUUCUUUCAAAUAAAUGUAUUUUAGAUAUUCAUUGUUAAUAUUUGUUUUUAUUUCAUGUAUAAGUUACAUAUCAUCAUCAACGCCUAUUCUAUGACAAAUUUGUGUUAAAACUGAUCAUAAGAUCCACGGCCAUGCCAUGGAUGACUGCGUAUUCAUAGCUAA